AUGCAGUGGGAAAAAUGUGUUGGCUUUCUAAAAAAUGAGGAAAAGGCGAGAGGAUUAAAGGUCUGUCCUAGCCUGGCUGAGCACGUUAGGCUUCAUAGUAUUGAUGUUAAUGUACCUGAAUCCCCUCAUAUUAGGCCGAACCUGAUGGUGCCAAUGCAAGCCCAACUCGGUGUGGUUAAGGACAAGACUUUAAACUUACCGUGGGUGUGUAUCGGCAAUUUUAACGAGAUCGCCAAAGUCAAAGAGAAAUCGGGAGGAGCUAUUCGACUUGAAAAACAAAUGCAGGAUUUCAGAGAUUGUCAAGAUUUCUGCGGGUUAAAGGAUUUGGGUUUUACAGGCUUGCCAUUUACUUGGUGCAACAAGUGUUUCAAUGGUGAUCUUAUAUGGGUUCAAUUAGACAGAGCCCUUACCUCAACUGAUUGGAUCCUAAAAUUCCUAUCAAGUUGUCUCCACCACUUGCAAGGUUUGUCUUUUGAUCAUAAACCUUUAUGGCUAGCCUCUAAUGAUGUUAAUACUCACUUUUAUCGAGCUCAGAAACCUUUUCAGUUUGAAGCCAUAUGGCUUAAAGAUGACCAUUGUGAAGAUGUGGUCCAUUCGGCAUGGGAUAGGUGCUUGGAGGGGGAUGCUAUGGGUAAAGUGUUAGCAAAGGUAGUUGAUUGCCAAAUUCAGUUGAAAUUCUGGGAUAAAUCCACCUUUGGCAAUAUUCACAUUGAACUCGCCCAAAAGAGAAAACAAUUGUUGAAGGCAGAAGGUGAAUCAAUAGGUGGAAGAGGGCAUACUCAGGUUAAGGCUUUCAUUGAUAAAAUCCAAAAGUUGAUGGACAAGGAUGAAGUUAUGUGGCAUCAACGAGCAAAAAAUGAUUGGCUUAAGUUUGGGGACCAAAACACUAAAUACUUCCACUGCCGUGCAACAAAGAGGAACAAAUGGAAUUUCAUUUGGGGAUUAGAAAAUGAGCAGGGUAGCUAG